AAAGUUAAAAGAAUCUCUCUCCCUAAGGCUCUGGAGCACAUCAGCACAAUAUUACAUAUCAUCGAAAAAUUUCUCCAAAUAGAUCAAAUUCCUUGAGGAAAGACAGAGCUCGGACGACUUUCCUCUCAGUUGCGAGAGAAAUCCUCAAAGAUUCUGCUGAUAUAACGUUGCCUCUGUUCAUAAUCACCUUCCAGUUUUGAUUUCCAGAGAUUGUACCUAACUGUAGCAGAUCCUUCAUUAUUGGUCGAAUUUGCUAGAUUUUUUACAUUGCCAUAGGGUUUUUUCCCCCCUUCUUCUUACGCAUCGGAUUCGAUAUGCAAAAGAAAUCCAAUCCGAUGAUUCUGAGAAAACAUAUCCAUUGUGACAUGAGAGUAGAGAGAUGAAGAAGGUAGACGUGCCCAUGUUGGGUUUGUCUCUUGUUGUUUUCUUGGCGGCAGCGACAUUUGAGCCCAUCUCAUCUUUGCCAUCUACUGUUCCUGCAUUCCUUUGGUCCCCACACCAUCGCCACAGGUUUUCUAACAACAUUGAAGACAAAUAUGUUGAUUAUCAGACCAUUUCCCCACAGGAGCUUGCAAAGUCUGUUCUGUAUGAAGGGGGCUGGUCAAAAAUUCUGUGCAUGGGAAAGGAAGUAGAGCAACAUGUGGAUCUUGCAAUAAUCUUUAUUGGUUCAGAGUUGCAGUCAGAUUUCAUGUUGAGCAGGCAAGUGGAUCCAAAUCUUAUGGACUUACUUAAGGUUUCUUUCUCAAGGUCUAACUUCUCCAUGGCAUUUCCCUAUGUGGCUGCACCAGAAAGGGGUGCAAUUGAAAAGUUAUUGAUCUCAGAGUUUAAAAAAUCAUGUGGGCAUGAUCUCAGAAUCAGCAAUAGUGCUUUCCAGGAGUUGUCCUCUGUUGAGGAUGAAUCAUUCCAGAAACUUCCAAUGCUGGCGCAUUCGAUUAAUGAUUAUAUGGUUUCAAGAAUGGAAAAGAAGCCGGAGGGAGAGACAGAAUUGGUCGUUUUCUCUCAUGGAGAUUUCAGUUCUCCUAAAGAAGGCAAUCCAUGGACCUCUGAAAGCAAAACUUUGUUGGAGAUAAUGACUUCUGCAGAGCAUGUUGGGGCAAAGUAUGAAAUUCUCUAUAUAUCAGAUCCCUUUAGGUCCAUUCGCCAUUCUUACGUGGAGCUGGGAAGAUUUAUGGCUGAAGGUUCCGCUGGAAAUGGGUCAGCUAAAUCAGAAGAUUUUUGUGAUGAAGUCUGCCAAAUUAAAUCAUCUCUUCUCGAGGGCCUUUUUGUUGGGAUCGUCUUGCUUAUAAUCCUAUUAUCAGGCCUUUGCUGUAUGAUGGGUAUUGACACCCCAACCAGAUUUGAGACACCUCAAGAUUCUUAAACAAAAGCUCGUUUCUCAGAAUCGUUGCAUGAUUGUUCUGGUGAUGUGUGAAGAAAGGAGAAAGCUAAAGCUGAUGAUACCAUUAAUUUGUCAUGCUAGAUUUUACGGUAUUCUUUCUUAAACUCGUUUACUUGUGGCAUGGUUUUUUGCUAUGCUUACUGGCUAGCUGCCGGUAAUGUUAUGUAUGAAUAUUAAAGGCAUUUUGGUUUUGCCCUUUGCGAUUUCAUUCUAAGCAAAGGGAGAAAAUAAAGAUGCGUUAUUCUAUUCCAUCAUACUACUCUGCAUCAAACUGAACAGAUGGUUUCUUUGAAGGAAUUCUUGUAGCAUGGGAAUGAAUGUGAUUAUUCAUUCGACAUUGACACAA